AGUUAGGAGUUUCUCGGAAACCAAACAAAGAAAAACAGAGAACUCAGUACUCUUUUUCUCUUUACUUUGGUUUUUAGUCUUUUGUCUUGGAGAAUCACUGCACACUCAGAUGGAGAAAAUGAGUAGUGCAGAGGAUUUGAAUAAGUAUCAUCACCAUCAUUCUUACUCUGAUACAGAGCUCUAUGACGGCGACGACUCGGUAGCCUACAGCGGUCCCCUGAGCGGAUCUCUAAACAAGAGAAAGGGAAACAAAAGCGCCGGGCUCAGUUUACCGGAGAAACAAGAGGCAUACGUUGAGAUCACCCUCGACGUCUGCAACGACUCUGUUUUAGUGCAGAGUGUCAAGGCCGCCGCUACAGCCACCAGUGAUGAUAGCCAGAGAGAUAAACCUGAGCUAACGCACAUCGCAGAACGCCUGGAGAAGAAAUCUUCUUUUGGGUCUUCAAGGGUACGGAGUGCGUCCGAGAAGAUCAGGCAGGUGGGUCAAGAACUGAUGAGGUUGGCGUCGUUUUCCAGGAACCCUCCACCCGGUCGCUUAGACAGGACCAAGUCCGCCGCUGCUCACGGUCUGAAGGGCCUCAAGUUUAUCAGUAAGACUGACACUGGUUCAGGAUGGACCACCGUGGAGAAGCGGUUUGAUGAAAUAACCGCUUCUAGUGGCGGUGGUGCCCUGCCCCGCUCACGCUUUGGAGAAUGCAUAGGAAUGAGGCAAGAGUCAAUGGAAUUCGCGGGACGACUAUUUGAUGCGCUUGCCCAUAGAAGAAACAUUCAAGGAGAUUCAAUUUGCAAAGAAGAACUGAAAGAGUUUUGGGAUCAGAUGUCGAAUCAGAGUUUUGAUGCCAGGCUUCAAAUUUUCUUUGACUUGGUGGAUAAAGAUGCAGAUGGAAGGAUCACUGCGGAAGAAGUUAAAGAGAUUAUCAGCUUAAGUGCUUCUACAAACAAGUUGUCAAAUAUCCAAAAACAAGCUGAGGAAUAUGCUGCCUUGAUCAUGGAAGAAUUAGACCCUGACCAUAUGGGACAUAUCAUGAUAGAAAAUCUGGAAAUGCUUCUGCUUCAAGCACCGUGCCAAUCUGUGAGAGGGGAGAGCCGUGAGUUGAGCAAAAUGCUAAGCCAAAAGCUUAAGCCGACGCAGGAUACCCCAGUGAGGAGAUGGUAUAGAUGCACCAAAUACUUUUUGUUGGAUAAUUGGCAGAGAGUUUGGGUGAUGGCUCUGUGGAUUGCAGUUAUGUGUGGCCUUUUUGCUUAUAAGUAUGUGCAGUAUAGUCGACGAGCAGCGUUUGUGGUGAUGGGUCAUUGUGUGUGCAUGGCUAAGGGUGCAGCUGAGACACUUAAACUUAACAUGGCUUUGAUUCUUUUGCCGGUCUGUAGAAAUACCAUCACUUGGCUCAGGAACAAGACCCAAUUAGGCGUUGCGGUUCCCUUUGAUGACUCUAUCAACUUCCACCAGAUGAUUGCUGCUGCAAUUACAAUUGGCGUUGGGAUACAUGCAAUUUGUCAUCUAGCGUGUGAUUUUCCGCGACUGAUUCAUGCUGGAAGUAGCUAUGCACUAAUGGAGCCAUACUUUGGGAAGCAACCUAAGAGCUAUUGGCAUUUUGUGAAGUCAGUGGAAGGAGUGACGGGGAUUUUAAUGGUAGUAUUAAUGGCUAUAGCUUUCACUUUAGCGAUGCCUUGUUUCCGCCGUAAAAAGCUCAAGCUACCCAAACCCUUGAAGAAGCUUACCGGCUUCAAUGCCUUCUGGUACUGCCACCACUUCUUUGUCAUAGUCUACGCUCUCCUAAUUGUCCAUGGCAUCUGCAUCUACCUGAUCAAGGAAUGGUACAAGAAAACGACCUGGAUGUACUUAGCUGUUCCUGUAACCCUUUAUGCUUGCGAAAGACUUAUUCGGGCUCUGAGAUCUAGAACUGAGGCGGUUUCAAUAUUGAAGGUGGUUAUUCAUCCAGGAAAUGUCGUGGUACUUCACAUGUCAAGGCCGCAUGGGUUCAGAUACGAAAGUGGACAGUAUAUGUUUGUCAAUUGUGCUGCGGUUUCUCCAUUUGAAUGGCAUCCAUUUUCUAUCACCUCAGCUCCCGGAGAUGAUUACCUUAGUGUCCACAUUAGGAUCGUCGGUGACUGGACACGACAUCUCCGAACUGUAUUUUCGAAGGUAUGUCAUCCAGCUGAUAAUGACAGGAGUGGACUCUUGCAAGCAGACUGCACGCAAGGAAAGAACACGGCAGAUUUCCCAAGAGUUCUGAUUGACGGUCCAUACGGUGCACCAGCACAGGACUACAAGAAAUAUGAGGUUGUUUUGCUGGUGGGGUUGGGAAUUGGAGCAACCCCGAUGAUCAGCAUUUUGAAGGAGAUAGUGAACAACGUCAGGGCCAUGGAGGAGGAAGAAGAAAACUUGGCUUUAGAAAAUGGAAAUAGAUCGGUUAGUCAUCCUCCUAAAAGGAGAGAUAGUUUCAAGACUAGGAGGGUGUACUUUUACUGGGUGACGAGGGAACAAGACUCAUUUGAUUGGUUCAAAGGGGUCAUGGAUGAUGUGGCUGAGCAGGACCACAAUCACGUCAUUGAGCUGCAUAACUACUGUACAAGUGUUUACGAAGAAGGUGACGCCAGGUCUGCCCUCAUUGCCAUGCUUCAGUCCCUCAACCACGCCAAAUGUGGCGUGGACAUCGUCUCCGGUACAAGGGUGAAAUCUCACUUCGCCAAGCCUGAUUGGCGCACUGUGUACAAGAACAUUGCAAUCAAGCACCCCAGUAGCCGAGUUGGUAAGCCUACUAAACUACUUUGGAAUCUGUUAGAAAAAAGGAAAGAUAGAGCACAUACUCUUAGUGGGGGUGCUUUUGCUAAAGAUAUGAUAACGAUAACCAUUAAUUAACUAGCUUUUAGCUACUCAAUAAUUUUGUCUUUGGAAAAUCUUCGCAUGCUUUUUUAUUUAAUAUAGUGCAAUUCAAUAUAAUAUAUACUGUAUUAUACUUUUUCAAUAAAUAUAUAUUGAAAUGUUUCUUAUAAUUGCUUUACGGAACAAAGUUGUAGUUGCUUUCCAUGAUGAUGUUACAUCUAGGUCAAACAGUUGCUUACCACUUCUUUGUGUCUCUUCUCAAAUUUUAGGGGUGUUUUACUGUGGACCAUCAGCAGUCACAAAAGAGCUAAACCAGCUAGCUUCGGAUUUUUCUCACAAGACAAACACCAAGUUUGAUUUCCACAAAGAGAAUUUUUAACCUAUA